CUUCGCCAUUAUGAAACGAUUGAUAUUUUCAACAAAUGCAUGAAUACAACUUAGGCUCUAAUAUAAGCGAUAUUUCACACAACUUAUAUGUAGCACGUUUAAUUCUAAGAAAAAAAAAAUUCACUGAAAGAAUUACCGCAUCCACAGUUUAUACAUCCACAACCGUACGUAAUAUAAUAAAUGCGAUGACUAACUAUGAAAUAGUCCAUAACUUGCUUUCUUGUCAUAACGUAUUCGCUUGAACGCUUAUUAACAAAUGGUAACAAAAUGAGGAUGAUAUUCAUAUUAUUAUUUGUGGAAACGAGUUUGUGUUUCUUCGACAUACAAGAUGUGAUCUCUGAUACCAUGCUCAGACUUCCAAAGGACUUCUCUAAUGCGAUUAAGGAUAUAGCUGUAGGGUUACCUACGAAAUCCGUGACUGUUGUGAGAGGCAAUUCAACUAAUAUCAGAUCACAAGACAUCUACAGUCUAUUAUGCAUUCUAAAUGAAAACAACGUUCAAGUUAUUAAUUUAGACAUCAGCAAAACCGAAUACAAAGAAAAGUAUUUCAAUUAUUUAAAAAAAACGCUAGACGUAUCGGACGAAAACACCAACCUGAUAUUGUGCGAGCCUUUUGAAUGCGAGAGCCUUUUAUUUGAGUUGACACACAGGAAUUUAAUUCACAGGACAAUACUAUAUAUGUUUUAUUGGCCUUACGGAACUGUGAGUGAUAAAUUCUUAUCUUUAAUGAGAGAAGCAAUGAGGAUCGCAGUCAUCACAAACCCUAGAGAGAGCGUGUUUCGAAUAUACUACAACCAAGCUACGCCAGACCGUUUGAAUCAUCUUACUUUGGUAAACUGGUGGGCUGGGCGCCUAUACAAAUCGCCAGUGCUGCCACCUGCCGACAAAGUGUAUCAAGACUUUAAAGGAAGGAUAUUUGAUGUUCCUGUGCUUCAUGCUCCGCCAUGGCAUUUCGUCAGAUACAAUAACGAUUCCUCAGUACGAGUGACUGGUGGUCGGGAUGACAAACUCUUAGCUCUGAUUGCUAAAAAACUAAAUUUCAGAUACAGAUAUUACGACCCACCUGACAGGAGUCAAGGGUCAAGAAUAUCAGGGAAUGGCACUUUUAAAGGAACCCUUGGCUUAAUUUGGAAACGUCAAGCUGAUUUCUUCCUCGGCGAUGUUACUAUGACGUGGGAGCGUCUCCAGGCCGUGGAAUUCUCGUUUCUGACGUUAGCCGACUCUGGCGCAUUCUUGACGCAUGCGCCGGCCAAGCUCAGCGAGACGUUGGCCAUCAUACGACCUUUUCGAUGGGAAGUAUGGCCAUUAGUGUGUGCGACACUGUUGGUGACCGGUCCGGCGCUAUGGGUGGUGAUAGCCGCCCCGUCGCUAUGGCAACGGCGUCAGCGCGACCAGCUCGGACUCCUCAACAACUGCUGCUGGUUUACCACCACGUUGUUCUUGAGGCAGUCAUCCAGCAAAGAACCGUCCAAGACCCACAAAGCCCGUCUGGUCUCCGUGCUAAUAUCUCUAGGAGCUACCUACGUUAUCGGUGAUAUGUAUUCAGCGAACCUGACCAGCUUGCUAGCAAGGCCAGCGAGAGAACAACCUAUAGGGACACUAUCGGCUCUGGAGGAAGCCAUGAGAGACCACGGCUAUGAGCUCGUGGUGGAAACCCAUAGCUCAUCACUGGCUAUUUUAGAGAACGGGACUGGUGUAUACGGCCGGCUUGCGAAGUUGAUGCGUCGGCAGCGCGUACAGCGCGUGCGCAACGUGGAGAUGGGCGUGCGCCUCGUGCUCACGCACAAGCGCGUCGCCGUGCUCGGCGGGCGGGAGACCCUCUACUACGAUACUGAAAGAUUUGGGUCCCAUAACUUUCACCUGAGCGAAAAACUCUACACAAGAUAUUCGGCCAUCGCAUUCCAAAUCGGCUGCCCGUAUCUAGAAACUUUUAAUAAUGUGGUAAUGACCUUGUUCGAAGCAGGCAUUCUGAGUAAAAUGACUACCGACGAGUACAAGAACCUUCCAGAACAAGCUAGAAAGUCGGAGCCUGUGACGGAGAGCGAUCGAGAGAGUAGCGACAUGACGCGGGAACCUACUGCCACUUCUCAGGUGCAAACGGAAUCAACAAAAGGGCUGGAACCAGUUUCCCUCAGGAUGCUACGUGGAGCAUUCUGCCUUCUUGGAAUCGGCCAUCUCUUAGCAGCUUUGACAUUAAUUAUCGAGAUUCAGCUGUAUAGAAGGGCCAAAAAACGACGUGAGCCGGUCCACGUCGACACGAGGAAAGAAGCGCUAAUGAAAAUCACGACUAAAAUGAACCGAGGGAUAUGCUGUGCUUAUAGAAAGACGAAGACUGUUAUAUUUAGAUAUGUUGAUAGAGCUUUAGGACCUGGAGCAGCAAAUGGGAUAUGAGACUUAAAACACUUUUAGACUUGGUAGAUAAAUAGAUGAAGUGAAUGUGUAGUUGAUUUCUUGUUAUUAACGUUCCAUACAGUGACGUUCUUUUGACACUAGAUCUUAUAUAAGCGAAUGCAAAUGUCGUAUAUAUGUUUUGCACUUUUUCUUAUUUAAGAAGCUUGGUAUUCUUGCAUUUUAGAAUGAAUAAUAUUGUGCAACACUUACGUACGUUGUAGCCAGUUAUUUUACUAUUAUAGAAAUUAUACAUUGUCUUACAGUUUUGUUCAAAUAAAUUGUAUCAAUAUGAAUGUCUAUAAGCUAUUGUUUGUAAUCAACCACAAUGUUGUUCGUUUUUUUUUUAAUAAAAUAUCA